AUGGCAUUUGGGAAAUCACAGUUCUCAUUAGCUGACUGCAGAGCGGCACUGAGAGAGAUCUUGGAUACAUAUAACCUGCCAGAAAAUGCAGCUAGACUGGAGGAUGCACGUAUAUCCGCUGGCAACGAUAUGUUGAAGAGCAUGCAGCAUGUGUUUCCUACGGCCACGCAGAUGCAAGUCCAAGUUAUACAGAGAUAUGGCUUUUUGCCUGAUGGAGAAGGUCUGGUGCAGUUCACAAAAGCUGUGAGAGUGUAUGAGGAGCAUGACCAAGAAGUGAGGCAGCUCAACGAACAGUUACGCUCAGUCCUGAUACCUCCCGUCAACGUUCCCUACCCAGUCUCUCCGGUGGUCAGUCAGAAUGGGGUCAGCUAA